CUCCCACUACUCCAGUAUGGUAAUAAACAUAAAUUGAAAUAAAGUCUCCCAAGUCAAUACUCUAUUUUGGGUUCUUCUUUCUGAAGUUCAAACCGGCAAACCAUCAAGGAUUCAAGGAAGGAAGAUGGAGAAGAGCAUGUUAAUGAAUCAAGAUGAAGAGGAGAAGCAUUUGGAGUGCAACAUCUGUUUUCAAUCUCCCAGGGAGGCAGUUGUGAGCCUGUGCGGUCACCUUUUCUGCUGGCCUUGUCUCUAUACAUGGCUCCAUUUUUACUCACCAUCACAAACCCAUCAUUGUCCUGUCUGCAAAUCUCCCAUUCAUCUCCACGAAUUGAUUCCUCUUUAUGCAACACCACCAGUUUCUAUCUCAGCUUCAGGCAUUCACAUCCCUGGCCGUCCAAGACCAGAAAUUUCUCAUCCUCCUCCUCCAUAUCCAUCUCAAUCUGGUGCGCGCAGACAACUCGUGUUCUGGGUAAGACAAGUUUCGCAUUGGAUCGACAACCUAAUUAUCAUUCUGCUGUAUGGAGUUCUCUUGCCAGGCUUAGUUGUAUUGUGUUUCAAAGUUUGGACGCAUGAAAUAAGAAAUGCCAAUGGGUUUGGAGAUGAGAAAUCCGAGUUGGGUCACAGCAGGAUGUUGUAUAAGCAUGAGGAUAUUUAUUACUAUAACCACCAUGAAAUCGGAGAAGGGCUGCUGCAGUCAAGUUCCUCCCCUUUGCAGCAUUGGCUUUUCUUGUUUGUUGUUUGCAUGUUGUUGGCAAUUGAAUUCAGAGUUGCAGGCUAUUAACAUAUGAAAUUUUUGGCUGAUGAUG